UGGUCUGCUGCUGGUGGCUGUGCUAUGGCGGUUCGGGGUUAGUUAACCGAGGAAGUGUAGAGCUGCGAUUUUAUCGGCGGGGUUCACCUUCAUGUAUAUACAGUCGAACUGCUCGGUGAAAGCAACACCCUUUUACAGGUCUGCUAGUGUACCUUUUUUUAAAUGUAUUUUUUUUAGUGCAGAAAGAAACUCAAUCGCUGUGAACUCGCCGGUUUUUGCUCAUCUAAACAUCUAAAAGGAUUCAGGUGGGCGCGCCCAAGAAAGAAAGACACACACGCACACAGACAGGAGGGAUGCAUACAUGGACUACUUGUCGCUUUCCUCUGGCGUGGAUGUUUGUGUGAACACCUUCCGUUUACAGCAAAAUGUGUUUGGAGAACGAAUCUGAUACUAAACGAGGUGCUCAGGUGCAUGGAAUGGCAUGGACUGACUGAUGAUUGCAUGCAUGGUGCAUCUGUUUAGAUGAAGGUGAAGCCUAUGCCUGGAAAUUUUGACACUUUGUUGGCUGGUGAAUAAAAGCAGCUUGUUUAAAAAAAAAAAAAAGGACAAAACACGAUGUAAUGUGUUGAUUUAAAUACCAUCAGCACCAGAAAGUGACACUGACAAUGCAGGUUUGUUUUAUUAUAAAUAUAUUUUUCUUUGUCACUGUUGUGGCUCUGGCAGACGGGGAUGAUAUUCAUACCAAGGCAUCCAGUGCCAUGCGGUAUGAGCGGCGACAAGCCACAGGUCCACCUCACUGGACUCUCACACGGGAUGUCAGGAUUCCGUUUUUAUUGAACAGAAGUAAUGCUACCUAUUUCAGUCGAAGAUGCAAAACUAAAAAGUUAGGAUGUUACUUUCUGUCACACAGGAUGGACAGGACCACCCAUGGUGAUAGGGUGGUACACAGUCAGUACAAGAUAUGGAGAAAGUUCACUGAACAUGAGAGAAACCACCGGCACAGAAGAGGUGCAAAGGAACGUUACAAGAAACUGUCAUGGGAAGCAAAGAACAGAGCAACUGGAGGUAUGAAAAUGUCUGCAAAUACCCUCACUUCUCCUUUAACGUGGUGGGAACCGAUGCCCAAGCCUUUGGCGCUCACCUCCACAGAUUUCCCUUUUGAUAUAACCAAACACAUGGAGUUUUACACCCGGCGCAUGACCCCAGAUAACCCAUGGGAUGCAACACCUAUGACCCCGCCAUACCCUGAAGAUGAGGAACAUGAAUAUUUCCCUAACCCAUUCUAUCCGGUCACGAGUGAGACGUACACAGCCUACGCCAUCACAUGUUUUUCUGCACUCAUUUUCAUGAUAGGGAUCACUGGAAAUGUUGCAGUCAUGUGCAUUGUGUGCCAUAACUAUUACAUGAGGAGCAUCUCCAACGCCCUUUUAGCUAACCUGGCUGUUUGGGAUCUGGCUGUGUUGUUGGUCUGCAUGCCCCUUGUGGUGUUCCAUGAGCUGACUAAAACCUAUCUGCUGGGCCACUUCACCUGUAAAGUUAUCCCCUACAUUGAGACGGACGUAUCGGACAGAGGGCUGGGGGCCAUUUUAUCCCAGGAGGUGGAGGGCGAGGAAUGCCCCGUGCUGUACAUCAGCCGCAAGCUCUUGAUGUGCGAGAGAAGCAAAAAAUCCUGCAGAAAAUGCAUGGAAUUAGAACAGAGGAUUUCUAUUCUGGAAUCAAAGAUUAAUGCUCUGCCAAAAACGGACGAAUUAAAAGCGAUAUCUCAGGAAAGGAGUACAGAAACAGUGGCUGAGAAUGCAGAGAUUGCGCUCCGACAGACUGAGGACAUUGCAGACCAAGUGGAAGAAUUCAUAACUCAAGCUGUACAAAAUGUGAGUACUGAAAACUGGCAAAUGAUGGGUGCUAAGCCUAAAAACAAAAACAGAAGAGUAAUUACUUCAACACCAGCUCGUUCUACAAAUUACAAUAGGAUCUACAAUCCUAUGGAAAAUCCACAGCCCAUAAAGCUUCAGAACAAAUUUGAAUGCCUCAGGGAUGUGGAAGAGGAUUUGUCAAGUGGACAAACACAUAGUAAAAAGAGAUCGCACCAAGAUUGAAGAGCUGUGAGAAGAGGCAAAAAGCAGCUCGUAACACCACCUGAUCCCACAACCCUUGUUCUUGGUGAUUCCACUGUAAGACAAUUAAAAGGUUAUGAGAUGAUUAUUUGUUGUCUUCCAAAUGCAUCCAUCUCUGACACCAAAGACAGCAUUUUGAAACUCAUGUCCGAGCAUAAAACGAUUAAGCGUAUCGUUGUACAUGUGGGAGCAAACGAUGUUUUCAGAGAACAGCUGUUUGUCCAAGAUGAUUUCAGAAAACUUUUUUCUGAGCUCUACAAGACUGGAAUUCAAUCUUUUAUCAGUGGCCCACUCCCAGCGAGAGGAAGUUUUGCUUUUUCUCGACUCUUCAGUCUUAACACCUGGCUUGGAAAAACUUGUUCUUCAUUUGGUAUGAAUUUCAUAGACAAUUUUAAUCUUUUUUGGAAUUGCAAAGAAUUCUACAAGCCAAAUAGCACUGAACUCAGCUGGAUUGGAGCCAAAGUCUUAGCAGACCACUACAAACUUGCAAUCUUUUCUCAGCCAGCACCGAGGAAAACAGUUGAUAAGAUGUCGCAGACUGACAUAGUUACAAAGCCUAAACAAUCAUCUUUGCAAGUCGUCAUCAAGGACACACAAACAUCUGACUUGCAGGCCUCCCAACAUUCAAGGACAGACGACUCCACUUCUCCUCGGAUGGAUUUCCCAAAUAGCAUGAAAAAACUGCUUCCUAUGGCUACACUCUCUUUUUCUAGUCCAAAUUUGUCGCGACAAGCAGUGUACCCAAUUCAUCAAAAUUGUGUUCGUCCAGGACUUUCAGCUGGCUACAAAUCUUUUUCACCAUCCAAAAGAUACAUGUCAUCUCCAGUCCUUUCACCCUCAAACCAAAUGGAACAUUUAGAAAGUCUUGUUUGAUGUACUCUGGGUCCCUGCAAAUGUAUGUAGAAAAAAGCAGGGAUCCGAUGUUGACACUAUUCCUGUGUUGAUAAGAAACAGAAAACAUAGAGCACAUUUAACCCUGGGGGUAAACCAAUCUAAUCUCCUUCCUGUUUUAAAACAGCAUCAGAGUGCACAACCAAAUAUUACUGUAAAACUAGCCCUUCUGAAUAUUAGAUCACUUUUAAACAAGUCAUUUUUAAUUAAUGAUCUUAUUUGUAAACACAAUCUUGAUUUUUUGCUUCUAACUGAAACCUGGCUGGAUCAAGCAAAUAGUGCUACCACCCUUAUCGAAGCAGCUCCUCCAAAUUUUAAUUUUUUGAAUGUUACCCGACAAGGGAAAGGUGGAGGGAUUGCAAAUAUUUUCAAAGUCUCUUUUCAAUGUAAACAAUCCUCACUUGGUGAUUUUAUGUCCUUUGAACACUUAUGUGCACUUGUUACAUGCUCUCCUAACAUAUUAUUAUUAACUAUUUACAGGCCUC